AUUCGAUCAUUUGAUAGAAGAAAGUAUUCCCAACAAAAAUAAUCCCUACAAUAAUGCCGAAAAAUCGAGCUUCAGAUUACAAUUUCAAAUGGGCGCUGAAGAACAAAGUACUCAGAUUGACCUACGACGAUUUGAAGAAAAAAAAAUCCUUUCCAAUAGAAGACGAUCGCAAUCGCUACACCCAAACAGCCAGCACCCACGACAACCAAAUGCGAAUCAUGGCCUCGCUGGUGCCCGACGAGAUCAUCUACAACAUCGACGACUACACCAAUCGAGAGAUGGACGCCUGUUUCCUCUUCGGCGACGUGUCGGGCUUCACCGAUCUCUGCGAGAAGUACAACAAAUCGGGCAAAGGGGGCCCGUCGCGCUUGACCCAAGUCCUCAACGCCUACAUAGGCGCCAUGGUGCAGGAGAUCCUCUCCCACAGCGGGGACGUUCUCAAAUUCUCCGGCGACGCUUUCCUCGCCAUCUGGAAGGAAACCGACCAUUUGUCUCUGAAGGACGCCGUCCACGAGGGCAUCGAUUGCUCCUUGGUCAUACAGAAGUCCUACGGGAUAUACCAAACGGACGUCGAUGUUGUCGUUAGAGGUAUAUUUCUUCAACUACAUACAUAUGAAACACUACAACCAAACGAAAACGACUUUAUUCUUUAACCACAACAACAAACCAAACUAUUAGAACAAAACUCAUUUCUGUAUGUUGGCGUAAGUGAGCGCGAAUUGGGUCUGCUUGUACAAUUUCUCGUGGCGAAUGACCAAACGCAAUCGAGCUUCAGCGGUUUUGAUGAUGCUGUUGAGCAAGGUCUUGUGCCUGGCCAAUAUCUUGGCGAAAUCGGUUUGUUCCACUCGGUAGGUUUGGGUGAUUUCGAUGGCCAUGAUGGUGGUCAUCCUGCGCGAGGCUUUCAGCAGGAACUGCAUCUCGCCGAAGAAACUGCCGUCCUCCAAAUGGCAGAUUUCCUUGCCGGAGUGCGUGUAGAUCGCCACCGAUCCGCUGGAUAUGAAGUAAAUGGAGGUUCCCACCGUGCCCGAUUGGAUGAUUAUAUCGCCCGGUAGGAAUAUUUCGGGCGUUAGAUACCUUAUCAAUUCCCUGAUGUUUUCCAACGACAGCGCUUUUAAUAUUUUCACGUUGUUUAUGAGGGACUUGCACAAUUCAAUUUCGAUGUCUCUGUUCAGCUGGUUCGACAGGAAAUACUGCAGCAGAUCCUUUUUGAAAUAGUUCCCUUGAUAUUUGAACGCGUAGUAUUGUUUCAACCUCUCUCGCAGAUCGAGCGGUAGAUGCUUUUGGAUCAUGUAGCUUUCCAGUUGGUUCAUGAUUUUCUGGAAUUUGAUCGACGUGGAUUUGUUCGCCAUGAUGUUCACCACCAGUAUAAUCCACGUGGAGAUUAUCAGCAAUUUACCAACGAUGCAUAUCGUCAUGAUCGUUAUGACUUCUUCGGUGUAUUCGAUGUGGUAAAACCGCUUGGGCAACACAUUGCCCAAUAUAUACGAGGAACUCUCGAACCAGCACUCGUUGUACGCCACAAUGAACGAUAAUUGUCCCGAUUGCAAUUUAUCCAUCAGACUCCUAUCGACGAGGAAAUUCAUCCUCACUAUCCAAAUGAUCGACAUCAGCAAGCACGUGCAGAAAUGCAACGUGAACACGAAGGUGACCAAACAGAAAAUCGUCGUCACCACCGUCGUGGAUUUGUUCAUCCAGUAGAACUCCGUCCACAAAACGAUCAACGAAUACAACCUGAUGAUCCUCGAGAAGCAGAAGAUCUUCUGGAUUCCCAGUAUGACGAUAAUGUAAUGGCGGCUGUCUACACCGUAGAACAAGUGAAUGGGAACAGACGAGAGGAAAUCGCUCCAGAAAAACGGUCCGAGUAGAUAGUUUUUAGCUAUUCUACCGGGUCGUAGCUCCACCGUACCGUCUUUACCACGAUAACCGGUCAUAAAAGUAGCUCCAAUAUCGAUCCAAGUUAAUACAUCUACGACAGAGAACGUCACUAUCAACACCAACGGUAAUUCCGUGUAGGAUCUGCCUUUGAUGCAGGCGUGCAUCGGCUUCGUCACCAUCACCAACACAUAGAACACUAUCAGGUAUUUGCUGUAAUACUCCCUCAAUUUGCUGUAAGGAUGAAUGAUAUUCGUAUGGCCGGAUUCCAGGUGGCGCUGUUUCUCUUUUCUUAUCGACACCUCGCUUCUGAAGUAUUUUCCAGUCGACGGGUUAUCGGAGGAUAUCAGGGUGAUCCUCAGCCAAUUCGCUCUCCAUUUGGACAAGCCGGCGAGGAACGGCGAUGGAAUCGUUUCGCAUUCGGGAAAUUGGCAUUCGUGCGGCAUGGUGUUUCGAUAUUAUAGUGAUUAGCACGUCAAAAUGUUGACACAAAAUGAUCCACGAACGAGUUGAUAUAUGGAUGUCCAGCAAUUCUUUGGAGCUCUACAAUCUUGUUCUAUAGGAACUUCUAGGUCUUUUUGGUUGUUUUCCAGUAAAAUUGGUAGUGGCUUGCGGACACGUGACCUUUUCUUUGAUCGGAAACGAGGAAAACUCCCAUUAUUUAAUGGUAGGCAAGCCGAUAAUGGACAUUAAAAUGGCCGAGAGCGUAAUUUCCGCCGGUGAAAUCGUUAUUAGCGCUCGAGUGUCUCAUCAUCUCAACGCCAACGAGUACUUAAUCGACGUACUACCCGAUAACGUGCACGCUAAAAUUCUCGGAGUGGGGCCGAAUUGGCGCAACAUCCAGAGACACUACGAAGCUAAAGCAACACCGAUGGAUUCCUUGAGCAUCCUGAGCGGUCAAUGGGGAGCCAGCGAUGAACUCUCCACGCAUUCCGAUAAAAAAGAACCCUCCACUCAAGGCGAAGACGAUUUAUUCGCCUUGAGAAUCGCCAACGAUCAAUACGCCCUACGACCGGCCGUCAAUCACGCGGCGCGACGGAACAUCAAAGACGAGCUGCGGAAAUUCAUCAUAGCUCCCGUGAUGCAAGGCAUCCAAGCCAACGAACCCAUCGAGUACCUCACGGAGAUCCGCCAGGUUUGCAUACUCUUCAUCAACAUCAAAGUCGCCGCGAAUCUCAGCGUCAAAGCCAACAUCGACAUCGCCAACGAGGUGUACCUCUCCAUCUGCCACGAGGUGAAAGGUAAGUACGGUUGCGUGAACAAAAUCAGCAACUUCGACAAGGACCUGAUGCUGCUGGUGAUAUUCGGUUUGAGGGGAUUCAAGCACGAAUUGGAGAGCCAAAUGGCGUUGACUUGCGCGAUGAGUUGCUACGAAAAGGUGGCGAGAAUGAGUAAUAUUUCCGGCGUUGCGACUGCCGUUACGACUGGGAAAUGCUAUUGCGGAGCCUUCGGGCACGCUUUAAGGAGGGAAUAUACGGUGAUAGGUGGUAUUGUGAAUAAAGCGGCGAGAUUGAUGGUGGCUUAUCCUAAUAAAGUGACCUGCGAUAGGGAAACGUUCCUGCACAGCAAGCUGGAACCGAGGAAUUUCGUUUUGCAACAGCCCAAGCUGCUGAAGGGCAUUCCCAAUCCAGGACCGAUUUAUCAGUUUAAGGGAAUUGAAGAGAGUAGUAGAGCACUUAGCGAAAUUAUGAAUUUGCCGCUCUUGGGUAGAGACCAAGAAAUCGAGUUGUUCCGUAUGUUGUACAAAAAAGCGAAAAAACUCAUCGACAGCAAAUCCAGAGAACCCUUCUACAGCAUGUUGUUAUAUAAAGGAACGUUUAGGCAAGGCAAAACUAGAUUACUUGAAGAAAUUAUGUAUUUAACCAGAGAGAAUCGUUACGCGAAGAAAUACUGGUUUUGGUCCUACGACAACAACAUACCUUACAAAGCCAUCAAAAAAAUCUUCUACAAAUUCUUCCGAAUACGCCUUAAGGCGAACGAAAGCCGAAAACAAAAAGCGAUUCUACCGUUUUUAAACAACGCCAAAAUAACCCCAUCGGACGCUUGCUUUUUAAACAUAGCAUUCGACGUAAAUUUCCCCAUCACCAGCAAAUUCACCAACAUGAGCAACGCCGAGAAAUACAAAACCCUCCAGCAACUAUUCAAACGCCUCUGCCGAUCGAUUUUCAACAAUUUCUGGCUGCUGCUCAUGGACGACGUCCAGUUCAUGGACGACGAGUCCUGGCUGUUGUUGAACAUCCUCAUCGAGGAGCAGCUGGUCUUCAUCGUCGGCACGCUGGGCGUCGAGAUGGUCUCGCCUCUCGUCGGGGAAUUACACGUCAAUGCGAAGAUAAAGGUGGCGGAAUUGAAGGCGAUAGACAAGUGGUAUCACGUCGGUUUGGCCUGCCAGAUGCUCCAAGUCGGCGGGAUACCUCCGGAAUUGGAGAAGACGAUUCAAAUGAAGAGCAGCGGUAAUCCCGGUUGGGUGGAGAGUUUCCUGGUGAGCACGUUGCAAUCGGGCGGUUUGGGAUUGGUGGAAAUGACCAGGGAAAAGGCUUACGCUGAUGGAAUUGUCAUACCUCCGCUUUACGCCGUUAUGAGAUUAUCCAACGAAGAAACUAAACUGUGGAUAGAAAUAAUGGAAGAAAGACUAACGUCUGUAACAGACGACAGACUCGGCACGCGAUGGAAAAUGUUCGUCGACAGUUGCAGGGAGAGCUUUCCGGAUUUGUCCGUCGCCCGAGAAUUCGAUACGAUAGCGAAGAAAUCGGAAGUGUUGAAGAUCUGCGUCCUGAACGAGGACUUCAAUUUGGCCGACGUAGAUCCGGAAUUGGCCAUCGACGUUAUCAUAUUGAAAACGUUCGACGCUCUCACCUCCUACGAGCAACUCCUGUUGAAGUGCAGCUCCGUCUUGGGCGACGUUUUCCCCAGGAACAUGCUCAUCUACAUCAUGUCUUCGUCGGCCAUCCGCACCACCGCUUUAGCCGUGAAGAAGCUGUUCGAGAUCCACGUGUUGAGCUGCGCCAAAGGUAACUUCAUCGAAGGCGGGCUGGAUUUCCACGAACGUUUGAACAACCCCAACGAAAAUCUAUCGGUCAAAUGCGAAUGCAGGGGGUUAAUCAUCGACGAUUCGUGUCAGGAUUUACCGAAGUACGCCUUGUGUGGUUACAUGAGAUUCCGUUCGUCGGAAUUCAGAGAAAUCACCUACAAUUUACUAACGGAAAACCAGAAAAGAGACCUCCACGAAAAGGCCAUUCGAUACUUGGAAAAAGACGCCAGGAGAUGCAGGGCAUGUGGAAGCGGCUACUUCACCAGGCAAUUGGGCACCGGCCGAUUGGACCACACCUUAAGGAUGAAACGAAAGGAGCCCAAGCGAUCGCUGUCGAUCGAAUCGCCCAGCAUCCAAGAAGGCAUGGCCGCCACCAAAUUCCUGACCCGCUACUCGUUCAUCAGCCUCGACAGCCUCCAGUCCUCGUUCACCGGCUCGAAUCCGUUCAAAUGGAAAGACUCCGGCCGGCUCAAGGACCAAUCGGUCCUAUCCGGGUCCCAGGAUCACAUGCUCUCCACCAUAUCGAAGGAGAUCGGCAUGAAGGCGGUGAGGAAGCUGAAGGACAACUUCAAUCUGGUCCGCAGCUUCUCGGCUUCGGAUUUCUCGCAGUGCACGUGCCUGCAGGUGCUGAACACGUUGUACUCGGAUUUGAUCGAUCAUUGCAAAGGAGCUGGUCACGCUGAGAAAAUUUUGAGCGUAACAGCCGAAUAUGCUUACGUUUGCAUCGAGAACAACAACGCCCCCUACGCGAUCAAAAUACUGGAAGAGGCUUUGGAGCUACUAGAGGGUCCGUUGAAAGACCAAAUCGAGCUGGAUUGGAUGGUGGAUUUGCGCAAAGGGAAAUUGUACACGAUACUGGGACAAGCCAGGAUGGAAAUCGACGAUGACCAAGCCUUGGCGUACUUCAAAGAAGCCUUGAAUCGUUACGGUUUGAAAUAUCCCAAGACCGUCGGCGGUCGAAAUUUACUCAAACACAUCUUGAAGUUGAAGCAUAAAUUAAAAUACACUUUAGGUUACAACGCAUUCCGUAGAAACGUCGAUGAUACCGUCAAAGAAUACAACAACAACCUGUCCGAAUGUUUGGGCUGUUUGUGCAAAUAUUACAUGAAGAAGAAUCGUUUGAUGGAGGCCGAGCUGAUGGCGAUCUGGAGCCUCUCCAAAGCCGUGACGACGGAGAGCGAUUUCGAGAAAUUGUGCUACGCCUACGGCAACGCCAUCAUGACGGAAACGAUGCUGAACCAUUUCAAAUUCGCCGAGAUUUUGGAAAUUUACUCGCUGAAGAAUUGCCACAUGAAGAAGAGCUACGUCGAAUUGGACGAAUUGAAAUCCGUCGCGUAUCUUUACUAUACCAUUUCGUUGCGAAGAGUGAUUAGAGGAGAAAUCGAGAAGUUCCUGCACAUCGGCCAUUUGUUGUGGAAAUUGGCUGCGUCCUGUCGAUGCGAGAAUAUAGUAUUUCUAACGCUUCCUUUAAUAGCUUACGUUAUAUUAACGAAGCGACAAAUCGCCGAGUGUGUGCACGUUAUCCAGGAAAUUCGCUAUGUUGUAGAAAACGAUGUCGACAAUUCAGAAAAAUGUUGGUAUUACGCUUUGUGCAUGCUGGUGCAUUUAGAAACCAGUCUAAGCGUCGAAGCGCCUUCCGAAUGCCUCAGAUUCGUCCAAGAAGACAGUAUGGAAACGGCUGGUCGAGACAGCGAAGGUAAAAAGCAAUUGCUGGCUUGCGUUUGGUUGAGGGAGAUCAGGCUGGAAAAUUGGGAAUCGGCGGUGGUGUGGCAGAAGUUCGUUUGGAACUUUUGUUUGAAGCGAACCGGCGAAAGUCUCGCCAAUUGCGUGACCAGUUUGUACUUGCUGGAAGGUCUGAUUAUUUAUUUGUGCCACAAAUUGGAUAGGAAAAACAUGAAAUGCGUUAAUAAAGCUAUUAACAAAAUCACCGAGAUCAUCGAGCGCUUGGAUAAGGAGAGCAAAUACAACAAAUUCAUCCAACCACGAUUGCUUCACAUGAAGGCCUAUUAUAAAUUGGUGAGGUUUAACGAUUACAAAGGCGCUUUGAAAAUGAUGCUGAAAGCUAAAAUCAACGCUGAAGCCAAUUUGAACGAUCUCGAAAUGGAUUAUUUGAGACAUACCGAAAAGGCUUGGUUGAAAAAACUGCACAGAGAAGAGAUGGAUUUUUGGCGCGAUCACGCCGACGAUCUGAAUCAAAUCAGCGUAGGCGAUCCGGAUUUUUUGGAAAAGAUCCACCACUUCACGCUCCCCUUACCCAUAUAUGCUUAACUCGAUAUAAAAAUAAUAUCUAUUAAUUAAAAAAUUCGAACGAACGAAUCGCUAAUUCGAAAUGCAGAUGGCGCGCCGCCUCUCCGGAGAAAUUCCUCUCCGGAUUGCGUGCAACAAUCCCCACAAGCACCGCAACGGAAGCGGUACUUUUGACAGAUUUCGGCCUCGUUAACAUUCAAAUAAAG